ACUUACUUCCAAUGUAGACGUCCCUUAAGACUUUUGCUUCCCAGAUCAGUCGGGGUGCUGUUGCGCUCUAUAAUAUUAUGGAAACGAGAAAUAGAUGCACGCGCAACAAAAAAGUGACAAAAUAGAGAGAAAACUAUAGCCCCUCUAUUCUCGCUCUCUUUCUAGAUGUUGGCUUUACUCAAUUAGACGACAGAACGAAGGGCGUUGUAUAUUAUGUAUAUUAUGUAUAUUAUGUUCAUGGAAGUGCUACAGUUUCUCUUGCUCUGCCUCGGCUCCUCCGGAUCGUGCUCACGAUGUUCCUCUAACCGGAUUUUGAGCAGCGAUCCGGCGCGUGAAAAUAACAUUAUAUGGGCUUGCCUCGCAACGAGGAUCCAGCUCGCGCGUGCUCGUGCAACACGCUUGGUAACUUACGAGCUGAAACUUAAGGACGACGACGACGACGGCGGGGAAUAUCAAUGAGUUUUCGGCGGUCCGCUCACGUAGACGCGGGAACACAUGUCGAUACGUGCACUCGCAUUCGUCGUCGUCCUUGGAUUUUAUUUACAUAUCGUUCUACUUCCUCGUUCGUCCGCGCGCCGCUUAUAUUAUGCAUAUUAAACGGAAUAGCGAUGAUCUGGCGACGUCGCCGACGACGUCGUCGUCGAGGCGGCGUACACCCUCAUAACUGCGUCUUUCAGCGUACGAACAAUGGAGUUCUUGUCCAGUCCACUCGCGUAGCGCCCGAACGUGCUCCUCCGACUGUGACCGACGUUGUCCACCGACCCGAUGCUCGACGAUUUCCCGGUUUGCGAGGAAAACGUCGCGGCAGCUCGUGAGAAAACGUGAUUCCGAUAGGUCUCGCAGCCGAUAUCCUGUGUAAAUUGACCGUGCAGUCUGGUUCAGUCUGCUGCGAUAUUACAAGUCAAGGUCGAUCGCGAGUCUUUCUCUCUGGCGUGGAAAGUAGAUUGAUGCGAAAGAUUGAUCAUUUCUCCAUUAAAUUGUCAUGAAAGUUCUGCUUAUCGAAAGGAAAAUACGAGACGCUCGUUAAACGUCUAAAUAAGUAUCUCGUCGAUUUAUUCGUGAGAAUUAUUAAUCCUUCGAAAUUUGAGAAUUUCAUUUUCCAUUUUAUUUGACAGACGACUUGAUACAAUACCGAUCUUUCACUCUGGCAUCUGGAAGUUUUCGUUUUCCACGAGUUUAUUUCGAAGAACAGGUCUCAUAAUCGACUUGCUGUGUCACACUGACGGCAUUCGCUGGUUUAUUACUCAAGUCGUCGUUAACAUGUACAUCGUAAAAGAUACAUUGAAACGGUUAUCGUGAGCGAUAACCGUGACAAUAAUUAUAUAACGUGUGUAAGAUUAUCGUAACGUACCAUGCCGGCUCGUUUCUACUGUUUUUCACUCGACGAUUCUCAAGGUAACGAAAUUCCUGACAGAUUAGACUCGCUUGAAUUACGUGAAUUUAUCGAGAACAAUGACAUGAAUCAUAUCCUCAUUUGAUUCUGUGUGACAGCGAUUUAAAAUCCACUCGGCUAAGACUUCAUUGAGAGUAUCUUUUCCAGGACAAUGACCUGCGACGAAGGUAAUCUGGACGUCUUCGGUAGUGUCAUGCGAGAGUCCAGAGAGCCGGAUCGCCGAAACGGCUCCGGGUCGUCUCUUCGAGCGGCUGCGUAUCCGACAGCCUUUGUGAAGCUUCACAAUGGAUCUUUCAUUGCGCUCGUGUUAGCUGGAACUAUUCGCAGAAGAUAAUGCCGAUGGAAGUAGUAACGCUGAUCGCGGCGACCGCGCGCCGAUGACGCGACUCGCUGCUUCGAUAGGCCGGCUUCGCGGCGAGAUGGUGCAACAUAGCGCACUCAACUGCAGUCUUUCACUUUUCAUCGUGCAACGCAAGCAAUCCACGCCAUUCCGGUUCGGCGAAACCUGUCCGCGGACGAGAAAGCACCGCGCCACAUCGACAUUAGUGCAUCGGCCGUCAUAACCCUGUGACACGCAAUUUGUUCUCGUUUGAUUCGAUUGAAUGCUCGGCGCGUUCUCAUGACCGUUUAUUGCCGGCGCGCCGCCGAGCCCCGCGAAUUAUUGUAGGAUGUCGAAGACGAUACGCGUGUCAAGGAUCACUUUAAUUCAUUGUGCAACCGAGCAAGCUCCGAAGCGGACCGAGACAUUCGCCAUUCAUCUCUGAGAAUAUCGGAUUUUGAAUUGCGUCGUCAAUGUGUUUUGACGUUCGUGAUUUCCGUUCUUCUUGGUUCUCCUUCUUAUAUUUGGCUGAUUGGCCAGAUGGACGUUGCCUUUAACGGACGUUCUGGCCGUCCGCUACGGGGACGACUGGAUACCGGGUGUCAGCGUUAAAGAGAAGCAACCGCCGACGCAGUCGACCUCGCCCACGGUUUGUCCGACGAAUUUCAUUCUGCAUUACGCGGUGCGCACGGCGAAAAACAAAUGGAAGCACCACAGUGUGACGAUGAGCCACACCGAUCCGCGGCAGGUCGCCUCAUGGGUGAAGACUAUACGGAAUUAUCUGUUAGGUCUGACGCACCGGCCACGAAAGGUCAUGCUGUUCGUCAAUCCUAUAGGCGGCAAGAAGAAAGGCGUAAGGAUUUGGGAGAAGGACGUCCAGCCGCUCAUGACCAUCGCCGGUAUCGAGACGAAAAUGAUCGUGACCGAGCGGGCCGGCCACAUACGCGACGCUCUGCUCACGGCCGACUUAAGUGACCUACAUGCGGUGGUGUGUAUCGGCGGCGACGGCACGUUCGCCGAGGUCUUCAACGGGUUGGUACUGAGGGCGGCAAAGGAUCAGCAGAUCGAUCCGAAUGACCCUGACGCGAGGCUGCCGAGCCCCGCGCUGCCUGUUGGCGUUAUACCCAGCGGUAGCACCGAUACGGUGGCCUAUAGCCUUCAUGGCACCACUGACGUGCAAACCGCGGCCAUACAUAUCAUUUUCGGCGACUCGAUCGGCCUAGACAUCUCGUCGGUGCACAGCAAUCGGAACCUGCUCAGACUAUACGCCAGUGUUCUCAGUUAUGGAUAUUUGGGCGAUGUGAUUCGUGAUAGUGAGAAGUUCCGCUGGAUGGGGCCUCAGAGAUACGAUUAUUCCGGGUUUAAGAAAAUAAUCGCGAAUAAGGGUUACGAGGGCGAGAUCGAGCUGCUGUCGGAUCCGUGCCAUCCGGCGAGCAGCACCAGGUGCAUGAAGAACUGCUCACGCUGCCUGCAACACAUGCACAACAGCGUCCCCGACGAGGAAAUCGCCAGGUGGGUGACAGUCAGAGGGAAAUUCUUCAUGGUGAAUGGCGCGAACGUGUCUUGCGCUUGCUCAAGGAGUCCCAUGGGUUUCAGUCCUCAUUGUCACAUAGGCGACGGCUGUGUGGACGUUAUUCUAGUGCGACACACGUCCCUGAUCAACAACAUCAGGCUAUUACUCAGGCUCUCCAGCAAACGAAAGACUCUGUAUGAUCUACCGUUCGUCGAGGUCUACCGAGCGAGAGAAUUCACAUUCCGCGCCCAGUCGAUGCAGCAUCUGCAGUCCGAGAGCGAGAUCAAUCGCCUCGGCUCCCGCAUCAGCGUGUGGAACUGCGACGGCGAGGUGAUCGACAGCACCAACGUGAAAAUCAGGGUACACUGCCAACUGCUGAAGGUCUACACGAGACGCGCUCAAGAACCGGUUCGGGAAACGUCCUGCUUCUCCGCUAUGUGAACGAAGCGGCCGGAGGGGAAGUUCGCCGACCGAGCCGUCGGCCGAGCGCCACGGCGCUCUCCAAGUUCGGCACAAAGUUCCUCAGUCUUGCCCCGCUGUUCAGCGUCGCGAUACUUCACGGCACGACGACCAGCUCUUCAGGCUUUCCUUCUUCUUUGGAGAUAUAAACGAUAUUUAUAUUAUUUUACAAGUAAUAUUAAGGGUGAACACUUGGAAAAUCGACGAAAGCCGGACACCGGAACGGCGCAAUGCAAUGCGCGUAUUAUGCUCCGCCCCGUUCGUCUCCCUCCGAGAGGAGAGCAGUCCGUUUCUCGUAAGCCUCGCAAGAACCUAGACCGCGUUGAUCACGCGCAGCUAUCGCACUCGAUCGGUAUCGAGUGAUCACUACGAAGUAGUGAGUAAACACAGGCGACUAAUUCAAAGCGGAAACAAAAGGAUCAUCACCGCGAUGCAACACGCGUCACUGCGGUUUUCGCACACACGCAAACACACUGUCGCGCGCUCGUGCCUCGCCGAAUUUAAUUUCUAAUUUUCUCCAACGUGCUCUCUUUGUUAUUCGGUUCGACGAUUGUUGGCAAGAUUUUAGCGCGCCGCUCCCAGAAUACCGGAAACACUCCACCUGUUUGCCAGAACCGCGGUGACGCCCGAAUAAUUUUGUACGCGCCUCGCGCUGUGUUGCGUUGCGUUGCUAAAAAUGCUCCCUAACGGCGCUGUAAUGCGUUCCAUGCAUCUCUUGUUUGCGCAACAUUUCUACGAGGAAAGCCGACCACGACGACGACGAUUUCUUUCGUCUCGCGCGCGACAGUUCGUCAGGAGUCUUGUUAAACAAUGUGACGUUUCGCAGUAUACAAGAGACGAGAGAAAUUAGUGCGUCGCGUAUUGUCGCUAGCGGGGAUAAUUUCACCUGGAAUUGCCGUCCUUCGCGCUUCACAAUGUCUCGCGCGUGUAUUAAUUUUAUACACACGAUAUGCGGAUCUUUCAGCUCCGGAGACUGUAUUUGUCACCAGGUCUUUCUUUUUUAGCUGAACUUUCCGAACUGAUACAAUAAGUAUACAAUUGGUGCAAAAAGUUAAAGUGAAACAAAUAUACUUUACUCAACAAUUUUACUUCACUCCGAUUUAUUGCACCAGUUCGAGCAGUUCAGCUAAAAGGGACAGACCUAUGAUCUCGCGAUACACGGCCGAGUGGAGAAGGAAGGGGGAGGGAAGGGAUCAUAGAGGGGUGGACGGAUGGAUGAGUGACACAUCGGCCGAAUGUACUUGUACAUUUUUUGUACUUAAGACAUUUUCAUUAUAUCUAUCAUUAUGCCUACCGCGAUUUCAGGCGAUCGGUGCUUGUUGUUUCGAUUUAUCGCGCUCGUUGUUGAUCGCAGAUUUUAUCCCGGAGAGACUAUACAAUUGCGCCGCAGUGAUACAAUUGUUUUUUUUUAUAAUCCGAGUGAUUCUCGCGCGCGCGCGUAGAGAAUUAAUCCUCGAAUGUGAACGCAAUCGUAUUGUGUUGCGUGACCUGCUUGGCAGGUGAGAAUCGGAGCUUUUUCGCCGUGUCUCGGCGAGAUACUUUUUGUAAAGACAAUCAAGAUGCACAGUAGAACGGUGCUUGAAGCGUUACGCGAACCCGGAAGCUUAGAGCCUGAGUUGCGAGUCGAUGCGUUACGCCGGUCUCUCGACCCUUAUAGAAAUAUCAUAUUAAGAAUCAUUGAUAAUUACUUAUUAUCCAGUAUUUUUAAUACUGAAAAUAAGUAAUUAUCAAUGAUUCUUAGUAUGAUAUUUCUAUAAGAGGAUAAGCUUCUCUUCCUAGCAGUAUUCGUCUUGAUUCGCGAAAGUAUUUAGAUUAGCAGUAUUUUUACAUUAAUUGUGAAUAGAAUGGCGAGAAUGUAAUUAACGGGGCGAGCGAGUAAUUUGUGACAUUUUUAGAUACCGACACCGAUUUCUCUUGGUCAAACAAACGAUCGUGUAAUUUAUAACAAUCGUGAAAGAACGAUACUCUUACUUAUUUGACAUGGUUCUAAUCGCGUUAUUAAAAAAUGCAUUCGAUAUAUUUGUAUAGUUUUUUCAAGGUUUUAGAUCGAGACUUUCCGAAACUACUCGAUUUGUCCGUCGGUGGGAAGUCAAUCGUCGCGUGGCACGAAAUGCAACAAGACGCUCGGCGCGCUGACGCGUUCAACAACGACUCUCUAGUUAGGCGUUCAUAUAUAGCACGUCAUAGGUGUCCUUAUCGCGUUUCUAAUGGCUGCUGUUUCGCCUCGCGCAGAAACCCCGAUAGACGUUACACACGGUGUGUUGAAUCAUUUGUGGCAGGAGCGUGUGUGUUAUCAGGCGGCGAUAUCGGAGAGCGACACAAGCGGCAUUAUAGGCACGUCACGUCAACUAGCUGACUUAUCAAAGAUUCAUCGUCUUUAAGCUACAACGCGACUCGAUCGUCACGCUCGACGAGACAACUUGCGGUCGUAGUUAGAGAGCGAUACGAUACACGAUAACUAACCUAGGGCGUCAGAAAUACUACUUCGUUAACGUCAGAAAUACUACUUCGUUAAGGCUCUUCUGGUCCCACUGCUACGUGGAACUCUGAAUUGAUGAUCAGAAGCGAGAAAACACGUAGUAAAGAAUUCUUGCCUGCGGUUUACAAACAAAGAGAUAUUUGUACGAAAGAACACUUGAAGUUACUCAUACUUCAAAUGUGUUGAACAUAUCUGUAAAAUGCCCUGAAAACUACUCCUUUACAAUCGAUAAGUGGGUUUAAAAUUAACACGGUAUGUAAUCUUCCUCUUUCACCUACCUUUCCUCGUAAUUUUUUCAUGUUAACUUUAAGGCUAUUUAUCGACUGCCAAAGGAGGAUAAUUUUUGAAGCAUACUCACAUAAGUAUGUUCAAGUGACUUCAAAUGUUUUUUCAUACAAAUAUCUUUUUAUUCGAAAAUGGCAUGGAAGAAUUUCGACCAUGCGAUUUUUCGCUUCUAACGUCAUCGAUACAGGGUUCUUCAGCAGUGUGAUCAGGAGCCUGAAAAUUCACACAUUACGCUUAAUAAUUUCAUUUUUCUUUUUUCUUUUAUUCACGAUAUAUCAUAGGAUUUAGGAACAAUCGUUAUUACAUCUCUGUUUUCCUCGUUUCUCUUCUUUCGCGACGCAUCGUUCACGCGGCUAACUCCGCCAGUGUCUUCUUAAAAGAGCGGCUUACACUUAAUGCAGUUAAUUGAUGAAGUAGUCUCCGGCAGGAUUACGGUACGCGCGCCGUUAUAUAUAUAUAUAUAUAUUGUACAGAUGUAUACAUAUAUAUUUUUUUUUAAUCGCAAUGUAUUUAUAGAAAGCGGAAGAGAAAGAAGAAAAUAGAGAAAAAGAGAAAACGAGAGAGACUGGGGGAAAAUACGGCGAAAAUCAAUGUGACGAUUCAUCGACGAUGGUUAUGUGUGUUACCGUUUUAAUUCCUAUUGUCGGGGAAAAGUGCACCAAAUGACACGCGUGGUCGCACGUAAUAAAUUACCUUAACUUUCUAUA